AUUCCCGCUAAACGGAAAGUUACCAAGAAAAAUUGUCCUGAAGUAACUAUAUACAGGAAUUAUUAUUUUAUUUUUCCUCGAAAUAUUUGUUUUUAAAAACGUUUUUUAAAUAGUUAUUAAUUAGAAAAUAAUUUUCAUCAUGAUUUCCAGAAUACAAAAUCGGAUUUUUCAACAAUUGAAUAAUUCUUGUCAGAAAUAUUUUUCGAGUGUUGUUAAUUUUGAGAAUUGUUCGUCAAAUUUAAAAAAUGAGAGACUUAAAGAAAAUGAUAUACCUCAAUUCAACAAGACUGAAGUAGAAAAGAAACAAAAUUUCAUAAUUGACGAGGAUGGAUUUGUCACUGUUUAUACUGACGGUUCAUGUACAUUUAAUGGUCACGAAGAAAAGGCGAGAGCUGGAAUUGGUGUCUGGUUUGGCGACAAUCAUCCACUUAAUAUUUCGGCGCCAAUUGUGGGUCGAUCGACAUGCAAUGUUGCGGAAAUUGUCGCGGCGACAAAAGCAGUGAAAGCGGCAAAAGAAGCCGGUAUAAAAAAAUUAAAACUCCACUCAGACUCAAAUUAUGUUGUACAAUCGGUGACCGCCUGGAUGCCAAAAUGGAAGACAAACGGAUGGAAGAGUGCGACAAAAAAACCAGUUAUUAAUAAAGAUGAAUUAAUGAAAUUAGACGAAAUGUUAUCAUCGAUAGAAGUCUCUUGGGUUCACGUGCCGAGUCACUCCGGAAUUCAUGGCAAUGAAAUGGCAAAUAUAUUGGCAAAACGGGGAAUCGACAUGUCCGUGGAAUGAAUUUUUUUUAUUAUUAUUAUUGUUAUAAAAAUAUAAUUUUUUUUAUUAAAA